AUGAAUGCUGCUUUGCUCAAUCAAAUUCAAUCCGGCAAAGGGCUUCGAAAAGCAGUCACAAAUGAUAGAUCUUCCCCACUUGUCGAUGGUCGAGUCUCCAGCGGUGGUGGUGGUGGUGGCGGCGGCGGAGGAGGAGGAGCUCCAGUCAGAGCACCUCCCGUACCCUCUGCAGGCUCCUCUCCUGGUCCCUCUUCGGCGCCUGCGCCACCGAGCGGUGGACCUGCUCAACAGCUCGCUGGACUAUUUGCAGGAGGUAUACCGACAUUGAGGAAGACUGGCAAUCGUGAGAUCUCUCCUUAUGGAAGAUCCAGACUGACAAUUUCAGAAGGUGCUUCCACUCUAGCAAGACCGCCUUCUAUUCCUUCUGCUCCUCCUGUACCAAAAUCAGCCCCUAGACAUUCCGGUCCGCCUCCGCCUGCACCUGCACCUGCUCCGCCUAGACCGACCACAGCUCCCCCUGCUCCUCCUCCACCCCCCGGUCCUCCGAGCAGAGGUCCACCUCCGCCUCCAGCGCCCCCUCCACCACCACCAGGACCGCCUGCGAGAAGUGCACCUGCCGCUCCAAUCCCACCUCCGCCGGCUCGGGCACCCCCAGUCCCCCCACCUCCUGCUGCUCCGCCAGCUCCCCCAAGAGCACCACCGGCGCCGUACCGCUCUACGCCUCCCGCUCCUCCUCAAGCUCCUCCUGCGCCACCUCGAGCAGCUCCCUCUGUACCGCCGGCACCGCCAGCAAGGGCCGCCCCACCCGCUCCACCUCCAAGGCCAAAUGGGCAUCUGGCUCCUCCACCAUUACCGAAUCGAGCGCCUUUGUUGCCAAAACGUCCGGCGAGCGCCUCAGCAGGGAGAACCGUCCCUCCUCCCCCGCCCCCUCCUGGUGCUCCUCCGCGUGCUCCUCCCCCUCCUCCACGUCCCACCGGUGCCCCAACGUUACCUUCCCGUCCAGCCUCUGCUGGUCCACCAUCUCGGACGCUACCACCACCGAUACCCCCGUCUGCGUCAAAUAACAGUUUCGCACCAUCUCCUCCACAUCGGCCCACACCCUUGAAUGCCCCCUCUCCCACUCCUCCAGCCCCUCCACCUCUUCCUCCGGCUGCGCGUCAGCUACCACCUCGUAUUCCUCCACCUACAGCACCGAUCGACGAUGAAGACGACGAAGAUGCUCCCCCUCUUCCUUCCGGUCGAAGUCCAGCAGCGGCAGCCAUUUUGGCGGCUUCUCGUCCCAGAGCACCCUCCAACCCUCCCCCUGCUCCUCCUGGUGCAAGUCCAGCACGGAUGACGCCUCCACCACCACCACCUGGUCCUAGCCCGGCUAGUCGCGCCGUUCCCCCUCCUCCCCGACAAGCACCGGCGUCUCCUACCCCUCAAGGGCGUCGACCAGCUCCAGCAGGGACGGUCUUUGCCCCUCCUCCACCUCCCCCAGGUUUGUCACCGGCGGCUAAUCGAGCUUCUCUAGCUCCGCCGAUAGUGACAAAUGCUACCAGUGGGGUCAAUGGGAAUCAGUUGAAUGGAUAUGGAGAAGAGGAAGAUGCGUCUGAGCCGCCUGCUGUGGUGGGGAAUUGGACAUUCCCGAUGAAAGGGAUGUUUCCGCCUCCGAGACCGUUUAGCGGUGGGCGCAAGACGUAUGCGAGUGGGAAUACCACAGGCGGUGGGCGAGGGUUUGAAGGAUGA